AGUACCUGCUCGGGCGCCGGCGCUCCGCUGCCCGGUUGCCCUCGGGCGCCUUGGGAGCGCCCCUCCUCUGAGGUGCCAUUGGCCAGGCCGCCGUGGAGCCGGGUCGAACGCGGGAUCCGCCGCGAGCCCGGGACGAGCGCCGCGAGAGUUAGCGCGAGACCAGCGCGGCCAGGGACGCGGAGCGACGCGUUCCGCCGUCGACCUCCGGUCUGGUGGCCAGGCCUGAGCAAUCUGAGGCCGAGCGCCGAGCGGGGCGGAACGGGGACCUGCGCGCAUCCGCGGCGCACCCGCCCUUGCCUGACCCCUCUCCUCCCCUGCCCUCCGCGGAACCCGAAGAGCCUCCAAGCCUUCGUCUGAAGUGUGUCCUCGCCCCGCCGUGCGUGCUCUCCCGGCGUCUCCAAGCCCACCCCCCGGGGGUAUCCAAGUCCUCCUCCCGUGGCUCUCCAAGCCCUUUCCCCGCCCGGGGCCUCCAAGCCCUCCUCCCAGGGACUCCGCACCCUCUUCUGUGGGGUUUCCACGCCCCUCUCCCCCGGCCCAUGCCACACCGGAGGGCACUGGGUCCAGUUGGUGCUCAGUACACAUGUAUCCGUUAGGCCCUGCUGCUUGGUUUACAACAUUCAAUUUCCCUAGAGAACCUUACGUCCAGUGGGCAAGAAGUAAGAUCUUAACCAGCCCUGUGGAGAUACCUGAUUCUGAAAGAGUGGAAUUAGCAGUGAGGUUCAUUCAUGAGGAUUAAGUCUGAAGAAGAUUUUGCAGCAACUUACAUUGAUAAACAACUCUGAAUGUGUCUGAUGCAGGAAGAAGUGCCCAGACAAGAGGUUUCUUUGUCACAUGACUUCACAAAAAAUAGUACGAUGUCGGCUUGCUCACCAUUUAAGAUGCGACUGGUUCAUCUGGACCUGAAAGGAGCCCCACCGAGGGUCUGCUACCUCUCGGAGAUUUUCCCCCUGUUCCGUGCCCUGGGUGCAAACGGCCUCCUCAUCGAGUAUGAAGACAUGUUUCCCUACGAGGGCCACCUGAGGCUGCUGAGGGCCAAGCACGCAUACAGCCCCUCCGAAAUCAAAGAGAUCCUGCAUCUGGCCACACUGAAUGAGCUGGAGGUCAUUCCCUUGGUGCAGACAUUUGGGCACAUGGAGUUUGUGCUGAAGCACGAGGCUCUCGCUCACCUCCGGGAAGUGGCACUUUUCCCCAACACCCUGAAUCCCCACAAGGCGGAGUCCCUGGCACUGGUUGGAGCCAUGAUUGACCAGGUGAUGGCGCUGCACCCGGGCGCCCGGUGGCUCCACAUCGGCUGUGACGAGGUGUACUACCUCGGAGAGGGUGAGGACUCAAGACAGUGGCUGCAGCAGGAGCCCAACACCAGAGCAGAGCUGUGUCUGUCCUACAUGGAGGCGGUGGCCAGCCACGUGCAGGCCCGGCACCCCACCACGACGCCCCUGGUGUGGGAUGACAUGCUGCGGGACAUCCCCGAGGACCAGCUCUCAGCAUCGAGGGUGCCGCAGCUGGUGGAACCUGUGCUCUGGGACUACGGGGCCGACCUGGACGUCCACAGCAAGGCGCUCCUCAUGGAGAAGUACCGGAAGAGCGGCUUCUCCUGGCUCUGGGCCGCCAGUGCCUUCAAGGGAGCCACAGGGGCAAGCCAGGCCCUGACCCCCAUCGAGCACCACCUCAGAAACCACAUGCAGUGGCUGCAGGUGGCGGGCAGCGUGCCAGCGGACACACUGCAGGGCAUCGUCCUGACUGGCUGGCAGAGGUAUGACCACUUCUCUGUGCUGUGCGAGCUGCUGCCCGUGGGAAUCCCAUCCCUGGCUGUCUGUCUGCAGGUGCUUCUACAUGGAGGCUUUGCCGAAAACGUUAAAGCAAGAGUGGAGAACUUUCUUGGGACUUCGAGCUUGGAAGCAACGGAUUUUAGGAGUGAGAGGGCCGGCUCCUUCCCUGGCAGUGACAUCUUGAACCUCAUCACACAAGUCAGCCUCCAUCUGUGCAGCUCCGUGGAUGCGCUGCUGGAGAGGGACAGGUAUGUGACCGGCUGGUUCAGCCCCUACCAUCGCAGGCGGAAGUUCAUCCACCCCGUCAUGAUCCAGCACAUCCAGCCCCAGGCGCACAGUCUCCUGGCCAGGUGGAGCGUUCUCGUGGGGGAGCUGGAGGCUGCCCUGCAGCGUGUCUUCUACCCAGACGCAGUGGAGGAGUGGCUGGAGGAGAACGUGCACCCCAGCCUGCGGCGGCUGCAGGCUCUGCUGCAGGAUCUGGGUGAGGCAGCCAGCCCCAGGCCCGACUCGGGUCAGGACCCCUGAGGGGAGGGGGCCAGGCUCAGGCUGUCGGCCUCCCUGCAGUCUCAUCAGCUGCACCCGGCCCCACGUGCGCCUCCUGAGCCCUGGGCAGCCGUGCCAGCAGACAGCACCCACAGAAACAAGAGUAAACAUGAAAGGAAAAGACACUCUGGGCCUAUGCAGUGAUCAGCAUUAGAACUUUAAUUCUUUCAAAAUAAAAAGGAGAGUGG